AUGGCUUCUAAGCUCAUCUCUGUAUUAGCAAUAGCUAUUGCUGUUCUUCCUUUCUUCACCCAUCCAUCUUUAGCAGAUGUCCCUCCAAGCAGUCCUGUCAGCCCUGGAACCCUUUGCAAGGAUACCCCAGACCCUUCCUAUUGCAAAUCUGUUCUCCCUCACCAAUCUACCAAUGUCUAUGAUUCUGCCCGACUUUGCGUCCGCAAGUCACUAUCACAAUCCCGUAAAUUUUUGAAACUAGUUGAUAAAUAUCUCUCCCGCCGCUCCACUUUGUCUAUCUCUGCAAUUCGGGCUCUUGAGGAUUGCCGGUUUCUGGCUAAUCUUAACAUAGAGUUUUUGUUGAACUCCUUUCAAACUGUCAAUGCUAAUAGUAAAACUUUGCCCACUUUGCAAGCUGAUAAUGUGCAAACUUUGCUCAGUGCCAUUUUAACAAACCAGCAAACCUGUUUAGAUGGCCUACAUGACACGUCUUCUACCUGGAGUGUAAGGAAUGGUCUCUCAGUCCCUUUGUCCAACGACACAAAACUUAAUAGUGUUUCUCUAGCUUUUUUCACCAAAGGUUGGGUUCCUAAGAAGAAGGAAGGGAACACACGGCAGCCUAAAAGCAAGCAGUUUGCAUUCAGACAUGGACGAAUGCUAUUGAAAAUGUCUGCCAGGAACCGUGCAAUUUACGAGUCGGUGAGUGGAAGAAAACUUCUCCAGACAGAGAAUAACGAUAUAGAGGUCAGUGAUAUAGUAACGGUGAGUCAGGACGGACAAGCGAAUUUCACAACCAUCAAUGAUGCUAUCGCUGCAGCUCCAAAUAACACAAACGGCAGCAAUGGCUACUUCAUGAUUUAUGUCACUGCUGGCAAUUAUGAAGAGUAUGUAUCUAUUGCAAAGAACAAGAGAUAUUUGAUGAUGGUUGGAGAUGGUAUAAAUCAGACGGUGAUUACUGGGAAUCGUAGCGUUGUUGAUGGGUGGACUACUUUCAAUUCUGCAACAUUUGGUAAGAGCUUGAAACCUUCAGCGUCUUUGUCUUAG